UAUAAAGACUUGACUUGUUUUUGACGACCGUAUUAUUUUGGUGGUAUCGAACUAAGAAGGACAUUAUCUGCAAUCAUGAAUUGGACGUUCGUUGUACCUUUGCUUGCGGUGGUUUUCACCGUUGCAAAUGCUGGCAUGAUGACUGGAGGUGUCAGUGACGCUGACAUGAAUGAUAAAUCUACGCAAGAUGCCUUACAAUUCGCAGUUGUGCAACACAACAAGAAAACCAACGACAUGUACGUCAGCCAGGUGGCUAAGGUCAUCAAGGUUCAGAAACAGGUUGUGGCUGGUAUCAAGUACAUCUUCACAGUGGAUAUGGCAAGGACCUCCUGCAGAAAAGGAGGUGCUGAGACCACGUGUGCAAUCCACGAGGACCCACAAGUGGCCCGGCCAUACCAGUGCAAAUUUGAAGUCUGGAGUCGUCCAUGGAUAAGUGACAUACAGGUGGUAAAGAAUGAAUGCGAGUAGAGGUGGCCCUCUUAAGGAUGCUGUUACUUCUUCUGAAAGCAGUAUCGUGUAGUUCCAUGCCUACAUGCAAUGGUCAUGCUUUUUUCUCCUUUUUUUCUUUUAGUAACGUUACAUUGUUUUAGCUGUCAAGUUCAUAAUCUACCAUUAGUAUUCAAACUAAGGCUUUGGCAAUGAAUUACAAAAAAACUGUAGAUGCAAUAAUGUAAACAAACCUUUUAAAUAAAUGCAUUUGACAUUG